CGGCCCGGUCCAAGUACCCGUUUAGCACUGCCCAUUUAAUACCCAACAAAACCCAACCCGAUGCUCUCUGGACCCCUUCAUCUCUUGUCCGUAGCUUCUCCCUUCGUUCCUUCUCCAGACGUCUCACCGAUACGCAUCUUUCCUUCUUUCAUCGUUUGUGAACAGUCUCAAUCAACGACGCCAACCGGUAAUCCGGCCACGGGAAAGCUGAUGGGUAUACAUACAACAUUUUCGUCCUCUAUAAUUAAGCAGGAUAGCAGGGAAGAAGUUAUACAGGCAUGGUAUAUGGAUGAUAGCAAUGCAGACCAGAGACUUCCCCAUCACCGUGAGCCAAAUCUGUUUGUCUCCUUUGACAAACUUGAUGAGCUUGGAGUGCUCAGCUGGAGGUUAGAUGCUGACAAUUAUGAAAAGGAUGAGGUUUUGAAGCAAAUCCGUGAAUCCCGAGGAUAUUCAUACAUGGACUUUUGUGAGGUGUGCCCUGAAAAGUUGCCCAAUUAUGAAGAGAAGAUAAAAAAUUUCUUUGAGGAGCAUCUUCACACUGAUGAAGAAAUCCGCUAUUGUGUUGCCGGGAGUGGUUAUUUUGAUGUACGCGAUAAGAAUGAUGAAUGGAUCCGGGUCUGGGUGAAGAAAGGAGCGAUGAUAAUCCUACCUGCUGGAAUUUAUCACCGUUUUACCCUUGAUUCUAAUAAUUACAUUAAGGCGAUGCGUCUCUUUGUUGGUGACCCAGUUUGGACUCCGUUCAACCGCCCACAUGACCAUCUCGACGCAAGGAAAAAGUACAUUGAAACAUUUGGGACGGAUGAUGCUACUACAGGUCUUGCUGUUGAUGCUGCUGCCUAAGCAUGCUAUUGUACUACCAACUACACUACAGAUCAUUAUAUAGAACCAAGAAACUUUAACAUCAUGGCGCCUGUUAUCGUUCCACUUUGAUAAAAUAAUGUUUCCCAUAGGCACGUGUAUUCUAUGUGAUGGCCAUGGAUUCAGUUUGAUUAUAUGUAUAAAUAUGUGAGUUUGUGAUGACAAUUUUUGCCAGAGUGUUGAACUGAUGACAUGAAUUGGCCCAAUUAGACCUAGAUCAUGGAUGGGUUUGAUGAAAUCUUUAGACCUAAUCUCGACAUUCGACAAUGUUGAGAUUAGAUUUAAAUUGAAUUCCAGGUAUGAGCCAAGAAGAAUGUUUCAGAUUUCCUCCACCUGACCUCCAACUUAUGAUUACAUGUUUCAAAAUUAUUGUUUGUACUAUUACCUCGUCA